CACAGUUCUCAAUAAAUUUCACAUUUUGAGUUUCGAAAUUUUAUCCCCCAAAAUCUUGUGUAUAUAUAUUAUAUAUAUAGAGAGGAUGAGUAUGAGAGGAGAAGUUGCAGCUUGGUCGGAGAUGGAGGCGUUAGCAAGGAAGAAGAUGGUGGAGGAAGCUGAAACAGAGAGCAGUGGAUCAUCCGAAGCUGAGACUGAGUCUCCAAGAUCCGUGGGACGUUGGACGGCUAAAGAACGAGUACAUAGCCAGGUUUUGAAGAUCAGAGGGGAGGAUCUUUGCGUUCUCGAGAGUCGUCGAUAUCUUCAUGAUCAUCCACAUGGUCUCAGUUUGUUCUUGAUCUCGAGGCCGAACUUGCCAUGUUCGCCUCUCAGUGGCAAAGUGAGAUCCGUUAACGCUGUUCAGUGAAAUGACUCUUUUAAUCGAUUAAAGGUGUUCUGUCCUAUGCGUUUUCUUUUUAGUUUAUCUGUUUUUUUUUCUUAUUGUUUGUUUUGUUUAUGGAAGAACUCUUUAGAUAGAGCCUUUUCCUUUUCAUAAUGUCAUGUGUAUAUAAACCGUGAAUGUAUAUAUGAUGAGCUCGUGAAACUUUACGCUCUACUUUUGUUUACAGCUUUUUCUCUUUAAAUAUGCAUGUAACUAUCAUCCAUGUUCAUACAUAUCAUGUGUAUAUAGCAGAAAAAGAAAUGAUUAAGCCCUC